AUGGCCAGUGAGGAUAUUUUUUUAGUGUUGAUGCACUAUAGAGGGUCGAUUAAGAAAAAAACACUCUCUAGAAUUAAGUUUACUUAUAAAGAUCCCUUUAGUGUUUUUCUGAAACAUACAACAAGCUUCACUGAGUUCCUGAACUCUAUAAUCCAAAAAUUGGGGUUGCAAGGCGUGAAACGGGUUGAGAAGUUAUUCUAUCGAAUUUUGAUUUCAGUUUUGCGAGAUGAUGUGAAAUAUGAUUCGUUUGUCAUAGGGAGUAACAAGGAUUUAGAAGUUCUAUUCUAUUGUCGUCGGCAGUUUUCUGAGGUCAGGAUUCCUGAGCUGUUGGCCAAGCUUGUAGAUGUGGUUUUCAACUCAAAAGGUUCGAACCGAAAUUUCCAAGCUCCAGCAAUGACAGCCUGUUCUAGUUCGAGGCCUAUUUGUGCCUCUUCAUCCGUGCCUGUGAUUGCACCUGAGGCAAUGGUGGUUGCCUCCCCGUCCUUUGCAGCUAAUCUAAACUACAGUGGUGACGAAGAAGUAGGUAUUACUGAUACGGCGCCGGUUUCAUUACAAGGUGGAACACCUGAUGGUAUAGACGAUGUACUACGAGAUGAUGAUGACAAUGAUGAUGUGGAGCCGGACAUCAUUGCUGAUGAUAGUGGUGAUGACAUAGUAGGGAGUAAUCCAGCUGUGGGUGGCGGAGCGUUUAGCUCAGAGACUCAACAGUAA